CUGCCGCCGGGUUAGGGGCUGGGGCUGCAAUUGUCGCUGGAGCUGGACGCGGCGGAGCUGAAGCUGGGCCGGGGCGGAGUGCAGCGCCGCGCCGGGGCCGCAAGGAGGGGUGUGUUGCUGCCGGCCCACCGCGAGCCGCCCCCAGCCCGUGCCGAGGCACCCUCCCGCCAGGCCGCCUACCUCCGCCUUCCGCCUCCCUCCAUUUCCCCGGAAUUUAAGCCCGGCGCGCCUGCACCCCGGCCCUUCUCUGGGUGGGGAAACUCCCGGCCCCUUUCCGGCUUCACUCCUUCCUCGCAGGCUGGGCUCCCAGCCCCCUCUCUUCUUUUCCUGGGCUGGCUCCCACCCCCCACCCCUCCUUUGGUCCCCUUCCCUUAGGUCAGGCUCCCUGCCGCUUCCCUUAGCUGAGUCCUGGCUCGUCAGUCACUUUCCUCAGCCAAGGGUCCCAGCUUUCCCCUUUCCUUUUCUUUGCCUGGGGUCCAACCUCUUCUGUCCCUUCCUCUGUCCCUAGGGUGCAAUCCCUUUCUCCCCCCCUCACCCCCCCACGCAUCCCCCCCAGGCCUGGAGUUCCAGACCUAUUGGACUCCUGUGGUCCUUUCUGGGUCCUUGGCCCCUUUCCCCAGUUUGGAGUUCUCCAUUGCAAACCCAGCCUCCUUCUACCCCCCAGAGAUCUGCUUCCACGUAAAUACCUCUCUAAAACAUGAACUUUUCCUAGGGACGGCCUUAGUCUGUCUUCCACCUGCUGACCCCUUGCUACCUAUGUCCCAGGUCUUACUCUCACUUUGCUAAGGGUCAAGGCCUGCUGAACCAAGGGAUCAGCAUGAUGCUUCUGUGGUCUGGCAUCUGCGGCCGCGCUCCCCCGCGAAUCUUCCCUUCGUUGCUGGUUGUGGUAGCCUUGGUGGGGCUGCUGCCUGUUCUCAGGAGCCAUGGCCUCCAGCCCAGCCCUACGGCCAGCACCAUCCGAGGCUCAGAGCCCCCACGGGAACGCUCUAUUGGGGAUGUCACCACCGCCCCACCGGAGAUCGCCCCCGAGAGCCGCCCUGUUAACCAUUCCGUCACUGAACAUGGCAUGAAGACUCGAAAGGCCUUUCCGGUCCUGGGCAUCGACUACACACAUGUGCGCACACCCUUUGAGAUCUCGCUCUGGAUCCUGCUGGCCUGCCUCAUGAAGAUAGGUUUCCACGUGAUCCCCACUAUCUCGAGCAUCGUCCCGGAGAGCUGCCUGCUGAUCGUAGUGGGGCUGCUGGUGGGGGGCCUGAUCAAGGGCGUGGGCGAGACGCCCCCUUUCCUGCAGUCCGACGUCUUCUUCCUCUUCCUGCUGCCACCCAUCAUCCUGGACGCCGGCUACUUCCUGCCACUGCGGCAGUUCACGGAGAACCUGGGCACCAUUCUGAUCUUCGCCGUGGUGGGCACGCUGUGGAACGCCUUCUUCCUGGGCGGUCUCAUGUACGCCGUGUGCCUGGUGGGCGGCGAGCAGAUCAACAACAUCGGGCUCCUGGACAACCUGCUCUUUGGCAGCAUCAUCUCCGCCGUGGACCCUGUGGCUGUGCUGGCCGUCUUCGAGGAGAUCCACAUCAAUGAGCUGCUGCACAUCCUUGUCUUCGGGGAGUCCCUGCUCAACGACGCUGUCACUGUGGUCCUGUAUCACCUCUUUGAGGAGUUUGCCAACUAUGACCGAGUGGGCAUUGUGGACAUCGUCCUCGGCUUCCUGAGCUUCUUCGUGGUGUCCCUGGGCGGGGUGUUUGUGGGUGUGGUCUACGGGGUCAUCGCAGCCUUCACCUCCCGAUUCACGGCCCACAUCCGCGUCAUCGAGCCGCUGUUCGUCUUCCUCUACAGCUACAUGGCCUACCUGUCAGCUGAGCUCUUCCACCUGUCAGGCAUCAUGGCGCUCAUCGCCUCGGGAGUGGUGAUGCGCCCCUACGUGGAGGCCAACAUCUCCCACAAGUCCCACACGACCAUCAAAUAUUUCCUGAAGAUGUGGAGCAGCGUCAGUGAGACCCUCAUUUUCAUCUUCCUUGGCGUCUCCACCGUGGCUGGGUCCCACCACUGGAACUGGACCUUUGUCAUCAGCACCCUGCUCUUCUGCCUCAUCGCCCGAGUGCUGGGGGUGCUGGGCCUGACCUGGUUCAUCAACAAGUUCCGAAUCGUGAAGUUGACCCCCAAGGACCAGUUCAUCAUUGCGUACGGGGGCCUGCGCGGGGCCAUCGCCUUCUCCCUGGGCUACCUCCUGGACAAGAAGCACUUCCCCAUGUGUGACCUGUUCCUCACUGCCAUCAUCACGGUCAUCUUCUUCACCGUCUUUGUGCAGGGCAUGACCAUUCGGCCCCUGGUAGACCUGUUGGCUGUGAAGAAAAAGCAAGAGACAAAGCGCUCUAUCAACGAGGAGAUCCACACACAGUUCCUGGACCACCUUCUGACAGGCAUCGAGGACAUCUGUGGCCAUUACGGCCACCACCACUGGAAGGACAAGCUCAACCGGUUUAACAAGAAGUACGUGAAGAAGUGUCUGAUAGCCGGGGAGCGCUCCAAGGAGCCACAGCUCAUUGCCUUCUACCACAAGAUGGAGAUGAAGCAGGCCAUCGAGCUGGUGGAGAGCGGGGGCAUGGGCAAGAUCCCUUCUGCUGUCUCCACUGUCUCCAUGCAGAACAUCCACCCCAAGUCCCUGCCUGCAGAGCGCAUCCUGCCGGCACUGUCCAAGGACAAGGAGGAAGAGAUCCGCAAAAUCCUGAGGAACAACUUGCAGAAGACCAGGCAGCGGCUGCGGUCUUACAACAGACACACCCUGGUGGCAGAUCCCUACGAGGAGGCCUGGAACCAGAUGCUGCUCCGCAGACAGAAGGCCCGGCAGCUAGAGCAGAAGAUCAACAACUACCUGACGGUGCCGGCCCACAAGCUGGACUCCCCCACCAUGUCGAGGGCCCGCAUUGGCUCAGAUCCACUGGCUUACGAGCCGAAGGCCGACUUGCCAGUUAUCACCAUCGACCCAGCCUCCCCGCAGUCGCCCGAGUCCGUGGACCUGGUGAAUGAGGAGCUGAAGGGGAAGGUCUUGGGGCUGAACCGGGAUCCAGCCAGGGUGGCGGAGGAGGAUGAGGAUGAUGAUGGGGGCAUUGUGAUGCGGACCAAGGAGCCCUCUUCCCCUGGCACGGAUGAUGUCUUUACCCCUGCGCCAAGUGACAGCCCCAGCUCCCAGAGGAUACAGCGCUGCCUCAGUGACCCAGGUCCCCACCCUGAGCCUGGGGAGGGAGAGCCUUUCAUCCCCAAGGGGCAGUAGCGCUGGGGUCCGUGGGCAGUGCCCAUCCCAACACAGACUCUCCCACCAGAGCAGGGGCUGCUGGGGGAGCUGGGGGCUCCCUUCAUUCUUCCUGACUUGGAUUGGCCCUGCCCCUCCCCCAACCGCAUGGCAGCUGGGCCCACAGCCCCCACCGCAGCACGGCUUCCCCCUGCCUCCUGGGAAGCACCCUCCCUCCCACCAGAACUGCCUUCCCAAUCCGUUUGGCAGAACUGUCGGGCUGUGAGGCAGAUCCUGCCCCUUCCCGAUUCAGGCUCUCUCCCAGACCUGGCCUAGGGCCUCGAGAGUCCCAGCCCUCGGAGGCCUGCUGCCCACUCCAUCCACCUCCUCAUUCAAACCAAUCUUAGUUCCUAACCAAAGAGCCUCUGGCUCAGCCUUGGUCCCACCUGGAAAGGGAAGGAGCCAAGACCUCUCCUGGCCUAGGCCAGGCCCUGCUUUAACAGCAGAAAGACUGGGGGACCAGGAAUCCGACUGGCGUAGGGGUCAGUGACACCCGGCAGCCCUGCGCUCCUCCUGCCAGCUCUGUCCCCCUGGCCAGCCCCCAACCUGUCCAGCUCAGAGCUGCAGGCUAACGGCAUCUCUGAGCUUCUCUGACUAGAGCUGGGGCGCUUUGGACAGUCUGGACUACCCCAGUGCGGACCACCGGACCCUCCAGGGGUGACUGUCAGGAGAAGGACUGUUGGCUCCAGAAAGUGCUGCCUUUUUAUCUGUUCUGUUUGUUCACACUCCAUGUAUGAUUCAAUUUGCACAGAGGGCAUUCCUGUUUUUAAAACAUUUUGAAAACCCCUGGCUUACCAGAGCUCUAGCCCUCCUACUCCAGAGAAUUACCCCUCCUCGUCUGUGCCUAUCCUGCCCAACACUCCCUCUGCCUCCUGGGCUCUUAACUAUGGCCCCAAGGCUAUGAUUUUAGAAGUGACCUCCUUCACUCCAGUUCCCGAUUCUAACUCACUGAUGCUGGGCCUUCUAGCACUUUCUGUGCUCUUGGGCCUGACCCUCAGUUCCUGCUGGCCUGUUCUUUUCUCUCAUCCCUCUCCACACCCUGGGCCCCCAGACCUCUUCUGUGCACUGCACCCAGCCUGCUGUGGAGCCCAGGCCUUAGGGGAGAAGGCCUCCCCAAGCCUCUCCCACCCCACCAGGACUGGUGGGUGGGCAGAGUCCUGGGCCCCCAGAGGCCCUUGCUCACAGGCACACACUCCCACCCCCACAGCCACCAUGGCCAGGCCUGGGCCUGGUGGUAUCUGUCCUUCCCCAGGAUUGUGCAAUAGUCAGAGUGUCCCUCUCCCGGACUGGGCAGUGGGUGCUCCUCUGUCUCCCCCUCCUUCUCUCCAUGCAAGUGCUGUUUGGGGCAGGAGUCACCACGCAAGGGCAAGGGUGACGUUGACAACCGUGUUCCAAGCCACCACAGCUGCUGCUGCUCUGCCUCCCGUAGGGAAGAAACCGGAUCUUUUUCAUAUUCUAAUAAAUCGGUGUGAGUUUUUUACAGA